AUGGCGCUACACCAGCGGACAUCCGCAGCGGCCCUGCUAGCCGCCUGCCUCGCCGCCGCCGCCGCCGCUGCGCCUGUCGGUGACGGGGCGGUGAAUGCCUACGGCCAGCCCCUGCUCACCCCCAGCACAUUCACCAUGCGAGGCAGACAAGUCUUUUACGAGAUACCAGCAGCCCCAAUCUUGGGUGUCCUAGCCAUGAUGCACGGCUGCGCCCAUGAUGCAUCCGACUUUUGGCCCCGCGACGCUUCAGCCUGCCCAGAGUGCGAUGGCCUGCCAGAGGAGGUGGCGCACACCAAGCAGGCGCUCGCCCGCGGCUAUGCCGCCAUUGCCGUGGACGCCUCUGACGCCACCCGCUGCUUCGGCUGGCAUGCGGACGGCGAGGACGUGGCGGCGAUACUGCAGCACUGGAUCAAGCAGAACAACUUUACGGCCAAGCCCCUGUAUCUGGUGGGCGUCUCAGCGGGCGCCUCCCUGGUGCUCAAGCUGCCCAGGCUGCUGCGGGUGCACGGCGUCAUCUCAGAGGUGCUGGGCGUGCAGCUGGAUGCGUGGGGGAUGGAGGAGCUGGGCGCCGCCUUCCCGCCCACCGCCUACGUCAGCAUGCCGCGGGAUGCGCGCACCGCCGCGCGCAUCGCGGACAACCAGCUGCUGCUGCGCCGCUACGGCGUGCCCACCGAUGUGCUGCUGGUGCAACCCCAGCCCUUCACCUCAGACUUUCUUUCCAACCGCUCCGCCCUCUUCUCACCUGAGCUGGCCGCCAAGGUGGUGGCGGCGCUGCGCGCCACCGGGCUGUUGGACGGGGCGGGCGUACUGCUGCAGGACCCGAGGUACACCGCGCUGCCGUGGCGCGCCCGCGUGGCGGCGGCGGUGCCCGAGCUGGCGGCUGGCGCUGGGGACUCGCUCGUGGCGGACGCCUCGCACGUGGGAGAGGAGCUGAACCGCGCGUACGCGAUGCACGAGAUUGUGGGGGACCACCUGACCGCCUGCCUGGCGUGGCUGGAGGCGCGCGGCACGCUGCCGCUGGCCGGCCUGGCGCAGCAGUUUGCGGCGGCGAGGCUGCCGGGCCCCAGGCUGCGAGACCUGUCGCCGCGGCGGCUGGGCAUGCUGCCCAUGCGGCGGCGGCGGUGA